UCGCUGGAAGUGGUGUUUCCUCAACUGGCGUCGCCGCACGCCUUCGUCAGUUCGUCUUCUUGCGCGCCAUCCUCCGCCCGUACGUCUCUUCCCCGGCCUCCCCUCGCCGUUUCGCGUUUUGCCUCCGCGUCUAAGAAAGCAAAUCACGCAACCGAGAUCCUUAAAGGCAAAGAAACUACGCCAUUUAUGCCGGCCAUCUUGCACGGCCCGCAAAGAUGCCGCCGCCUCAGCAGCCGCGCCGGCCUCAAGGAGGCCGUCCCCGUCCUCCCACGCCGACGUCACCCAUGGCGUACUCCGACGACAUGGCGGAAUUCUACGACACCUGGGUGGGCCGCGAGGAGCAGAUCGUGGCCGACCUCACGGCCGCGCUGGCGCUGCCGCCCCGGCGCCGCCGCGACGCACUGCCGCCGCUCGUGGACGUCGCCGUCGGCCACGUCGCCGCCUACUACGAGCACAAGGCCCGCCUCGCCGACCGCGACGUGGUGGCCGCGCUCGACCCGCGCUGGCUCAACCCGCUCGAACGCACCUUCCUCUGGGCCUGGGGCUGGAAGCCCGCGCUGGUGUUCCGCUUCGUGGAGACCGGCGGUGUCGGCGUCGGCGGCAUGGGUUCCACGCAGCGGCGCGCGCUCGAGGACCUCCGCGCCGCCACAGCGGCCGCGGAGCGGGAGGUGGGCCGCGAGGUGGCGGCCGUGCAGGAGUCCCUGGCGGGCCCGCGCGUGCUGGCGGCGCUGCGCCGCCAGCACGCCCCGGGAAACGGGGAGGCGGACGACGCCGUGGCCGCGGUCGGGCGCUCGCUGCGCGUGCUGCUGGGCGCGGCCGACGCGCUGCGGGAGCGCACGCUGCGCGGCGUCGUCGGCCUGCUCGCGCCGGACCAGGCGGCCGCGUUCGUGGCGGCCAUGCUCAGGUUCCACCUCGCCGUCCGCCACGCCGGCCGCGACUGGGGCUCCGGCCACGGCGGCCAGCGGGGCGUCUAGUGCCAGUGGCCAAUCCAACACACCCCAAUGCACCAGAGCAGAACGGGAGCUGCUACGUGCAUGGGGAUUAAGCCGUUGAUGUCAAUGUCAGUGUCAGUGUCUGUGUCCGCCCAACAAAAUGUUGGCAAUAAGAGGAAACAGAGCCUUGCUCUUUGUCGGCGUCGUGAAACUGGUCAUGUGUCUUGGUUCGUCAUGACACGCUAAUUGAGUGUUCAUCGUGUCAAAACGGCCGUCGUCGAGUCUCGGGUUGGUCUCAAGAGUCAGUGUCCAGCGUCAUCGUGUGUCAACGUCAAGGGUCAGUCAUGUUCGUCGGAGCCUUCUCUUUCCAUUUUUCUUCUCCUGGUCGGUUGAGUUGGUUUGCCCCAGUCUCGGGACCAACCGCGCGUACUUCCUGUGUCUGUAGCAGAUUUCAGAGAAUCCAUCAAUGGAAUCGGGUGAGUUCGUGUCUAA